ACAUGGAUUCAAGUGAAUUCCGGAGGAGAGGGAAGGAGAUGGUGGAUUAUAUAGCUGACUAUCUGGAAGGCAUUGAGGGACGUCCAGUGUACCCUGAUGUGGAGCCUGGCUACCUUCGGCCCCUGAUCCCCGCCACUGCCCCCCAGGAACCAGACGCAUAUGAAGACAUUAUCAGAGACAUUGAGAAGAUAAUCAUGCCGGGGGUAACACACUGGCACAGCCCCUAUUUCUUCGCUUACUUCCCCACGGCGAGCUCAUACCCAGCCAUGCUUGCAGACAUGCUGUGUGGGGCUAUCGGCUGCAUUGGCUUCUCCUGGGCUGCAAGCCCAGCGUGCACAGAGCUGGAGACAGUGAUGAUGGAUUGGCUGGGGAAGAUGCUGGAGCUGCCAGAGGCCUUUUUGGCUGGAAGAGCUGGGGAAGGGGGAGGAGUGAUCCAGGGGAGUGCCAGCGAAGCUACCUUGGUGGCCCUACUGGCUGCUCGGACCAAAGUGACCCGCCAGCUGCAGGCAGCCUCCCCCGAGUUGACACAAGCUGCCAUCAUGGAAAAGCUGGUCGCUUACACAUCCGAUCAGGCACACUGCUCUGUAGAAAGAGCUGGAUUAAUUGGUGGAGUAAAGUUAAAAACAAUCCCUUCAGACGGCAACUACUCCAUGAGAGCGUCUGCUCUUCAGAAGGCCCUGGAGCAAGACAAAGCAGCUGGCCUGAUUCCAUUCUUUGUGGUUGUUACACUGGGAACCACAUCUUGCUGCUCCUUCGACAAUCUCCUAGAAGUAGGACCCAUCUGCAACCUGGAGGGUGUGUGGCUACACAUUGAUGCUGCAUAUGCUGGCAGUGCCUUUAUCUGUCCUGAGUUCAGGUAUCUUCUGAAUGGUGUGGAGUUUGCAGAUUCCUUUAACUUUAAUCCCCACAAGUGGCUUUUGGUGAAUUUUGACUGCUCUGCCAUGUGCUUUAUCCACUGGCAGAUUCCCCUGGGGCGGAGAUUUCGCUCUUUGAAAAUGUGGUUUGUUUUCAGAAUGUACGGAGUCAGGGGCCUGCAGGCUUACAUCCGCAAGCACGUGGCACUGUCUCAUGAGUUUGAGUCUCUGGUACGCCAGGACCCUCGCUUUGAGAUCUGCACAGAAGUCGUUCUUGGGCUGGUCUGCUUCCGGCUAAAGGGCUCCAACCAGCUGAACGAAACUCUUUUACAAAGGAUAAACAGCGCCAAAAAAAUCCACUUGGUUCCGUGUCAUCUCCGAGACAAGUUUGUGCUGCGCUUUGCGGUGUGCUCCCGCACUGUGGAGUCUAUCCACGUGCAGCUGGCCUGGGAACACAUCAGAGAGCUGGCAAGCAGCGUGCUGAGAGCUGAGAAGGAGUGAAAGCAGAGCUGCUGCAGAGAUCAAAAGUUGAAAAGAAGUAGACCUGCAAAGUGGAAUGAGAGAAAACUAAUCACCACCCCGUCUUCGUGAAAUCACGGUUGUAUGUGGCUUCGUGUCUGUCUCCAAAACUAACCAGAAACCUGUGAUUGACUUUUUAGUGACUUGUCAAUGAAGUAGUUUCUGUAUUAUACAGGGAGAUAAGUUUUCUGUGUGCAGAGCUGAUGCCAGUGGCUCUAGCCCUUGUUCUUUAUUUGGCUGUGAUUUUUGUUGAUAAUAACAUGUCUUUGUGUUCAUAAAACCAUUGGUGGUAGGAAAGACUUACUUUAUUUUCCAGAAAGUCUUUGGUCUUACCUUCAGACUAUGUCUAUGGCAGUUAGCUUGUCCUAUGUGGCUCAAUGCUUAAUAAACA